AUGGUUGUUCAAGUCUUGGAAGGGAGCCAACCGGUAGAUCUUUCCAAGCAUCCAUCUGGCAUUGUUCCUACGCUUCAGAACAUAGUUUCAACAGUAAAUUUGGACUGCAAGUUAGAUCUUAAGGCUAUUGCAUUGCAACCUCGUAAUGCGGAAUAUAACCCUAAGCGGUUUGCUGCCGUUAUUAUGAGGAUAAGAGAACCAAAAACUACGGCAUUGAUAUUUUCGUCUGGAAAGAUGGUCUGCACUGGAGCCAAGAGUGAACAACAGUCAAAACUGGCAGCACGAAAGUAUGCUCGAAUAAUUCAGAAACUUGGUUUUCCUGCUAAGUUUAAGGACUUUAAGAUUCAGAACAUUGUUGGCUCCUGUGAUGUGAAAUUUCCCAUUAGGUUUGAAGGUCUUGCAUAUUCUCAUGGUGCCUUUUCUAGUUAUGAACCAGAACUCUUCUCUGGCCUGAUCUAUCGGAUGAAGCAACCAAAGAUUGUCCUGCUCAUAUUCGUGUCUGGAAAAAUUGUUCUCACAGCGGCUAAGGUGAGAAAUGAAACUUACACAGCCUUUGAGAACAUAUACCCAGUUCUUGGUGUAUGCAUUGUUCUCGGAGUCCUGUUCUUGCCUAAUGGAUAUAUGAUAAACGUGUGUCAAUGUUUGAUAAUGUUUCUAUUGGACUCUACUGCGCCGGGUCGUCAAAUCCAUUGUUCAUCUAUAUCAGCUGGCAGAAGAAAUUUAUUAGCACCUGGAAUGAAAUUGUUUCCUGAAUGCAUUCCUAAGCAUCUGGAUGUAAUUAAUGUGAUGCUUUAAACAGGAAUUUCUAGGCAUAUUCUUCUUGGAUAAAAGUGAAGUGAGAGGAGGUUGUCAGUUUAGGUUAGCAUGAAAUGAAACAAGUUGUGGUUUAUUCAGAUUUUGGUGAUUACUAGUUCUGUUGUGGGUGAAGACCAUGUCAUGCAGUAAUGGGUUUCUGCAUUUCAUUCCAGGUGACAACUAAGGCCAGCCAAAGAAAGUAGACAAUCAAAUUGUCAUGGGUUUCUGCAUUUGUAAAGUCUUGCUUUGGAGCAUGUUUGCUAGUGUUUUUACCACAAAUCAUAUUUAUCUAAUGUCAUGGGAGCGAGUAGAGCUCAUCUCCCCUUUGUUUAUGUUGGGAGAUAACCUCCUGCAGACCACACAGCUUGUCAUCAUGAAUCGUUUGAGGGGAAAGUUUGCCGCUCUGUUGCUGAGGUGAAUGCAACUGUAAAUACGUGGGCUUUAAUUUAAAUAUGGAUCCUUUUCAUAGGAAAAAGAAAAAUUAGAUGUGGAUUCUGCUGGAGUCUUUCCAUUUUGGUUGCUGCUCUUCAAGUUUUGCACGCAUUGAUGUUUCCGUUGGUGGUGAGGGGAUCUGAAAGCAGCAUUAAGUUGGGGGAGACCCGGUAGAGUUUUAAGAUGGAGGAUAUUUUGUUCAUCAAUGUAAAGGUCACCAGCUCUCAGGCUUUUCUUUUUCAUUUUUUGGGUGGUCGGUGAGCAUAACGUUUUCACUAGUUUUAACUGUAAACAUUUGCGAAAAGAUGCCACAAGGCUGUUACAGCCUUAUAGGAAAGAAUCUCAUUGACAGCAAAUUAAGU